GUCAUACAUAGUGCACGCUUCGCAUAUUUAUUUACGACAAAUAAUUCGUUAAAAAGUAAAAAAUAAAUAAAAUGACUUUACAGCUACAAAUUGAAAAGCUCAAGGGACUUGACAAUUAUAAAGCUUGGUCUAUGACAUUAAGAGCCUAUUUGGAGUCCGAAGAUUUAUGGACGGUUGUGGAAAAUGGGCCUGAAAACAAUGAGGAGUCCCUGCUCAAAGACAAACGGGCUAAAUUCAUCAUAUUGUGUUUAAUCGAGACGAAGCUUUGUCAAUUUAUGGUGAGCAUACGGACAGCCCGUGAUUUAUGGACCUACUUGAGAACACAACAUUCUCUGCGUUAAAACCAAUUCAAAUGGGACAUGCCAGAAAUAUGAGAUAAUUAUAAUUAAAUUAUAGAUAUUAUUUUCUACUACAAUUAUGAUUAGAUAUGUUAAUAGUUUAAGCCUUAUUAAUUUCAUUAUAUAAUGAAAAAGGAGAGUAAACAUUU